GGGCUAAGAGAGCGAUUGGAAGCAAGCAAGAGAAAAUCGCGCUGAGGUGGCGACUAGAACCAAAAGAUCGCUGUACAGUAAGUGGAACAGUAUGGAAACCCUCCCAGCUAUUCCUAUUUAGGAGAGGGAGGCGUGUCUGUGAUGUCACACCUGUCAGCUGCUGCACAUGGAGAGAAGGGGAUGAUCGCAGGCUGGCAGCACAGAUUUGUACUUGCAGCCAAAGAGUGAGGAGCAGAAGAGUGACAACGCUGGACUUCACACACACAUACAGAUCGGUGUCCUACCCAGACUGGUCUUUCCUGGCGUUGUCGCCUCCAAGUCUCUGCACCAAGAUGGAGAAGAUGACCAGGGUCUUACCACUCAAUCCAACUUUUAUACCUCCAACGUAUGGAGUGCUGAAAUCCCUGCUGGAGAAUCCCUUGAAGCUGCCGCUACAUCAUGAUGAUGCCUUUUGCAAGGAAAAGGAUAAAGAGAAGAAGCUAGAAGAUGAUAGCUCAGCUACAGCUGUCCCCCAGUCGGCUUUCCUGGGACCGACUCUCUGGGAUAAGACCUUGCCGUAUGAUGGAGACACAUUCCAGCUUGAGUACAUGGACCUGGAAGAGUUUCUCUCUGAAAACGGGAUCCCACCUACCCAAUCCUCACAUGAACUGAAUUCUCAUCAGCCUAGCCUCCCACCACCCCCAGUGACCUCACCUUCUGUGAUCGAUCUUAGCAGCCGAGCAUCUACCUCCAUCCUACCAGGCCUGGUGCCCCAGAACUGCAUGCACAGUCCAGUGAGACCUAGUCACAUUUUGUCCACAAGCCGAAACACGCCAAGCCCAAUUGACCCAGAAUCCAUCCAGGUAGCCGUGGGCUAUGAACCAGACCCAGCAGAUCUUGCCAUUUCCACCAUUCCAGGGCAGGAGAUGUUUGACCCAAGGAAACGCAAAUUUUCGGAGGAGGAGCUUAAGCCACAGCCAAUGAUCAAGAAGGCUCGUAAAGUGUUCAUUUCUGAAGAAUUAAAGCAGGAUGAAAAAUACUGGGCUAGGCGCAGAAAGAACAACAUGGCCGCCAAGAGGUCAAGAGAUGCACGGAGGCUAAAAGAAAACCAGAUCGCCAUCCGAGCCUCGUUUCUCGAGAAGGAAAAUUCCGCUUUACGGCUGGAGGUGGCUGACCUCAGGAAAGAGCUGGGAAAAUGCAAAAACAUUUUGUCAAAGUAUGAAGCCCGACACGGGCCAGUUUGAAAGCCUUGAUGGCUACGGAGACACAUGGACACCUUCAUCUCUGCCGCGUAGCACUAAAACACAUACCAACCUAAUUCUGUCAUCAGCACUUUACUGGAAGAAGAAAUUGACUUGUAAUUUCUCCUUUUUUUACCAUUAAUAUUUCAUUAUUUUAUUUUUUUCUCAUUUGUGUUUUCGUCUCGGCACUUUCUAUACUACGAAGCGCUUUAUGAAAAGGGUAUCACUUACCUUGACUGUGUAUAAUAAUGGAAAGAAAAUAUUGCUUUUUUUCCCCCAUUUUGCUCUGGAAACUGAAACUAGUGACACUUAAGCAAAAUUGAGCAAGAAGAACUUACAGAAUAAUAUAAUGACCUUUGUUGACUUUGCAAGUCGUGGUCCGAGAUGUAUAAAUUGUUCAUCAAGCAUUGUCUAUUGUGUCAUGCUCAUUAUACUGCAGUGUCUGCAUCAAUGAUGAAUGAAAUAUAUACAAUAUAUACACUAAUUUGUCAUUUUA